AUGUUAACUCGUUGGCAAAAUUAUAAUAAUGAUUCAAAAGAAGUUCAUUUAAAUAUGAUUGAACAAUGUCGACAAUUAUUACUUGCAAUUUUUGGUUAUGUUGCUUUUAAUUAUGAUCUUCAAACACUUGAUGAUGAAUAUAAUAGUCAGAAAAAUGAACUUACUCAUGCUUUGCAUGUUUAUCUCACAACAGGAUCAAUUGUCCUUCAAAUGCCAACGUUUCUGGCUUGCAUUUAUUUAUUAAAUCCUGCAUAUCGACGAGCUGUAUCAACUAUUGAUCGAUAUUUACACGAAAUGAUUGAACAAGAAUUAAGAGAAACACCAGAAAGAAGAUCUGAACGUAAAAGAACAAGUUUAAUCGCUUCACUAGUCGGUUCAUUACAACAAGACGAAAAACUUGAAGCAAAGAAAUCAGACGAAAAUAAAAAAGGUUAA